CUCAACCCAAGAGCGGGACUGGCGCCGGAUGUUGCCGUUGCGUGAAGGGUGGGCUCUGACGGGUAGGCUGGCCGCACGCACGCACGCGCACGGAGCAUGGGCCACGCCAGCUUAGGUAGCCUCAGAGCGCAAAGCGGUGACGCCUCAAAGAAUCAUGGCAGCGGCUGACGUACUGGCCUUCCAUGAGUUCGAAGAAGCCACAACUCUGCUGGCAGAGACUCCAGAUGCAGCCACCACUAGCCAACGUGAUGCCCUGACCUCUCGGGAGCACGUGGCUGUGGCCGUGGGAUCAGGCUAUGGAGCCCCAGAAGUGGAGGAUGAGGGAGACAAAACAGCGCUUCUACAGGAAGAAAAGCCACAGCCGAGAUUCUGGACGUUUGACUACUAUCAAAGCUUCUUUGAUGUGGACACCUCCCAGGUCUUGGACCGGAUCAAAGGCUCACUGCUGCCCCACCCUGGCUACAACUUUGUGCGCCACCAUCUUCGAAAUCGGCCUGACCUAUAUGGCCCCUUUUGGAUCUGUGCUACAUUGGCCUUUGUCCUGGCGGUUACUGGCAAUCUCACUUUGGUGCUUGCACAGAGGCGAGACUCCUCCAUCCACUACAGCCCCCAGUUCCACAAGGUGACUGUAGCAGGCAUCACCAUCUACUGCUAUGCGUGGCUAGUGCCACUGGCACUGUGGGGCUUCCUUCGGUGGCGUCAGGGCACAAGGGAGCACAUGGAGCUGUACACCUUCCUGGAGACGGUUUGUGUCUACGGCUACUCACUUUCUGUCUUCGUCCCCACUGUGAUCCUGUGGCUGAUCCCAGUGGAGUGGCUGCAGUGGCUCUUUGGAGCACUGGCCUUGGCCCUGUCAGCUGCUGGGCUGGUGUUCACCCUGUGGCCUGUGGUUCGAGAGGACACAAGGCUGGUGGCUGCAGCACUGCUGUCCAUUGUGGUGCUGCUUCACGCCCUCUUGGCGCUAGGUUGUAAGCUAUACUUCUUCCAGCCACUGCCUCUGGAACAUGUGAUACCAGCACCCCAAGCCACACCUCUGUCUCCCAGCAUCCUGCCGCCCACCUCAGCCCGGUCCAUGACAACCUUGUAGGAAGGCCAGGCCUGCAGGCCAAACCCAAGGGGCUACGACCUGUCCUGCCCUCCCUGUGAAGAUUAGAGGAGUCUUGGACCCUGGAGACCACCCUGCUACUUUGCAGGCUUUUCUUACAAAGCAAACACUUUUAUUUUCUAUGCAAAGGUGAUCCAGAGAAUUUAUAUAAAGGUGGGGAGGGGCAGCCGAGCAGGAAAUAUUAUGAUGGACAGAAGAGCCUGGUUUCCCAGCCUGCCUGUGGGCCUGUGUUUCCUUACAGGCCAGGGGUGGCAGAGGCAGGUCCAGCCAUUGCCAGGAGUACCUGUGGUGGGCAUGGGCCCAGCCUGGGCUCUGGCCACUGAGGUGGGGACUCUAGGGCAAAGGAGCAGGGGAGAAGCUGCCCUCCCUUCCUUGUUUGCUUUUCCUCUUCUUGUGUCUGGAGGGAGAGUUCCUGCCAGGCCCCUUUGCAGGGGUGCUGUCUUGAGAGGAGGAAGUAGAGCAUGGAUGUGGAGUGCACACACAGGCCUAUGUUAGCUAUCAGGGAGAGGAUGCCCUCCUUCCUUCCGUGACAGAUCCUUGAGGUUUUUGUCUGCCCCACUGGCCCUAGGUGACUCUCCCUCUGGGCUGCCCGUUCCAGCUUUUGGUGGAGGGGGACCUUCAGGGCUCAGGACAGGACUGUAGCAGGAAGCAGGGUCUAGAGGCCUUUGGACAGCUGGGAGUUUUGUACAUUCAAGUGUGAGGUGAACCCUUUGGUGAGAGGGGGUUACGCCCGCCCUGAAGGCUUGACAGGGCCACCCCUCACCUAGAACCUCUGGGCCUAGGGACAGGGGCUGCUGGCUGGGCCCGGCCAGCCGGGUUUCUCAGAGGGUCUGUGAGUUGACACUGGUUCUUUUCGUAAAAAAAUAAAAUUAAAAAAAGCA